GAGGGGGGGGGCGAGACCGAGGGGGGAAGGGCCCUCUCUCUCUCUGCGGCCGGGAUGUGCCGAACGACAAAGCUGCCCUUGAGGAUCACAAUGCAGCAGAAAAAUGAGAGAGCAUAGAAGAAACUUACAGUGGAGAAGUCGGUUGCUGACCUGUUGCCGAAAAUGGACAGUGGGGUUUGGGGGGCUGAGGCGAUCCUACUUCCGAAGGAAGCAUCUUCCUCUACUUAAAAGGAGGAGGCAGAGCGCUUGGGCCUCGGGCAGCUGGAAGCCAACGAAACCAUGCCGAACAGAGGCAUUUGCAAGGAACUGGGUUCCUGAAGUCUUCCUAAAUGCAGAAAUCUGGCAGAGCGUGCAUGCUGAACACAGGACGUUCCUGGAGGCAGUGCCUAGGAGACCUUUCCCUAGGUUCGGAGCUGGAGAACCGUUUCCAGCGGCAGAGAGGCCGGGCGGUAAACCCUUUCCGAGAGAGCUGCUGCUGAACCACGUGAGCGGCUCACAGACGGAUUCAAAGAUUUGUCGAGGUGAGCGAUAUUGCCCAGAGGCCAGCAGCACAACCGUAACGGAGGGCGGCCCUGCUCACAGUGCCAGGGGGAGCAAUAAUGGUGGAAGUGACAGAGUCGUCGUUCUAAAUAACUCAAAGAGGAAGCGCUGUUGCCGAGGACGCGAGCGGAACAGAACUUGCGGCCUCUUGACUACUAGGAGAAGGCCUACAUUUAAGCCGUGUACUUUAAAAAGCAGAUCUCUAUUUAUGAUGUAUAAGAAACUUUCUAUGGUCAAGUUUCGGGUUAGGAUUAUAAAAUGUCGUCCUAAAUUUUGGAGAGGCAAAGCUUGCAAGUCGAGUAAAAACAAGCUGAGCUGGGUGGAUAAAGUCACCAGAGAUCGACAAGAGGACGUCCGCCAAAAGGCCUUCGCGGGCGGUCCCUGUACCUUAUUUCCCUCUUGGAGAUCAAAAAGUACCUCUCCCUGGGACCUGCCUAGUUGGUCAGAUAUGAACAGUCACACGCCAGGACCAUUAGUCGAGGAGAGUUGCACGCAUCCGUCGGAGACGUCCCUCACACAGGGUGCAUCCUUGCCGUGCAGCACGAUCAGUUACAAGGAGCUCGCCCCCAGAGACCAAAAUGGCAUCGCCGAGAUCCACGUGCCUCAGCCGCACAGAGUGGCCUGUUGCGGGGGGGAGGUGGCGGCAGCACGCAAGGGGGAGGCACCCACGUUAGAUGGUUGCCCCGGCGACAUUUUCAUCUCCGUGACGGAAAAAGAGAUCUCCGUUUCGGGCCAGGACAACGGAGAUUCUAAUCCAGUCUUGGGUCCCGGCGAGAUUGUUCUGGAGCCCUCCAGGGCGGAUUCGGGGACGCAAGGCAGUUUUGCCAAUGGGCCCGUUUCUGUGGAGCUGGUUCCGAGCGAGGACAGUGGCAGCCGGAUGGAAGUGGAAGGGCCCGUAGGCGGGGACGUUUUUGGUGCAGAACUCUUAGAUCACCCGUACUGUAAAAGUCCUCUCGAUGAACCCCGGAGAGAAAGCACAGGACAGAAAUCAGGGACCCAAAAAAGUGGCAAAAGGAGCAGUCAGAGAGCUUCUUGCAUCAGCGACGAGCAAUUGGCGGUGUGGCUUUGUGAAUUCCUAGAUGAAGUAAUGAAGAAAUAUGGCAGCUUAGUUCCGCUUUGUGAAAAGGACGUCAUGGGAAGACUGAAGGAAGUCUUUAACGAAGAUUUCUCCCACAGAAAGCCGUUUAUCACCAAGGAAAUCAUGAAAUAUCAAACGAGGCAUCCCAAAUCUUCCACUUGCAGUUUCCGGGUCUUCUAUAAUAAGCACAUGCUAGAUAUGGAUGAUCUGACGACACUGGAUGGUCAGAACUGGCUGAAUGAUCAGAUCAUCAACAUGUACGGCGAGCUAAUAAUGGAUGCAGUUCCUGAAAAGGUUCAUUUCUUCAACAGCUUUUUUCAUAAACAGCUGGUAACCAAAGGAUAUAUCGGGGUUAAACGAUGGACUAAAAAGGUGGACCUCUUCAAAAAGACCCUUCUGUUAAUUCCCAUUCAUCUGGAAGUCCACUGGUCCCUCAUUACUGUGAAUCUCCCUAACCGAAUUAUUUCGUUUUACGACUCUCAAGGCAUUCAUUUUAAGUUCUGCGUAGAGAACAUUCGGAAAUACUUGCUGACAGAAGCUACAGAGAAGAACCAGCCUGAGUUUCUUCAGGGUUGGCAGACUGCUGUUACACAGUGCAUUCCACAACAAAAAAAUGAUAGUGACUGUGGAGUCUUUGUGCUCCAGUACUGCAAGUGCCUCGCCUUAGACCAGCCGUUUCAGUUCUCCCAGGAAGACAUGCCUCGAGUACGGAAAAGGAUUUACAAGGAGCUCUGCGAAUGCCGGCUAAUAGACUAAAUUAAGA